AUACUCAGUUUGGUGUGUAUUGCUAGAGAGGUUUUUUUUUCUUGGGGAAGUGCAUGUGAUCAGCACAGGGCCAAUCAGCACUGUCCAGACAGAGGGUCAGGGAUUUUGCAUCCUCCUAGAGCAGAAAGAAAACUCCUCCUACAAGCUUUAACCAGUGUUCUACUGAACACUGAUAGAAGUCACAAGACUUCUCUAACUGCUGAUGAGGAAAGGUAUUUAGCAGUUUAUAUUUACUAAAAUAAUUGCACUUCCAUAUUAUGUGUACUGUGGGAGACCAGAUAUAGUGAAUGCAGGGUCCUGGG